UCUUAACCCCCAUUUUAAUUCAUUCUCCUUAUAAUGUCGACCCCAUCAAUAUCCCUCAUUCCCUUUCUCUCCCUAUUCUUCCUUUUACCCUUAUUUCUCUUAGCUCAAUGUCAAACACCUUCACCUUCACCUUCGCCCUUACCUUCACCUCCUCCUCCUACUUCUACUUCUUCAUCCAAAGCAUGCAAAUUAACAUUAUAUCCAAAACUGUGUCGUUCUAUACUCUCCUCAAUUCGUUCAUCUCCCUCCGAUCCCUACAACUUAGGCAAAUUCUCAAUAAAACAAAGCCUCAAACAAGCCAAAAAACUAUCCAAAGUAUUCAAAGACUUCCUCAAAAAUCAUCACCAUUCAUCUUCUCUAAAUCACGACGAGAUCGCGGCGCUAGAAGAUUGUAGUGAGUUAAACCAACUUAAUGUAGAUUAUUUGGAGUUAGUCCGAGAUGAGCUUAAAUCAGCUGAUUCAUCAUCUUUCAAUAACACAAAUGAGUUUGUGGAAAAAAUUGAAACUUAUCUUAGUGCUGUGGCUACUAAUCAUUAUACUUGUUAUGAUGGAUUGGUAGUGACUAAAAGCAACAUUGCUAAUGUACUUGCUGUACCUUUGAGUAAUGUCACGAAACUAUAUAGUAUUUCACUUGGGUUAGCCAUGCAGGCCUUGAACAAAAAUAUUAAGAAACAUAAGACUCGUAAACAUGGUCUUCCUACUAAGGCUUACAAGGUCAGACAACCACUUGAAAAACUUAUUAAGCUUCUUCGCACAAAAUACAGUUGCAAUAACUCAUCGAAGUGUUCUAGAAACGAAAGGAUUCUUAAAGAAAGUGAAAACAAAGGAAUUCUACUGAAAGAAUAUGUUAUUGUGAGCCUUGAUGGAACAGAGAACUUCACUUCUAUUGGUGAAGCUAUUGACGCUGCACCUGAAAAUUUAAAGUCAGCGGAUGGAUAUUUUCUUAUAUAUGCAAAACAAGGAUUAUAUGAAGAAUAUGUAACCAUUCCAAAAAAUAAGAAAAAUAUCUUGCUUAUUGGUGAUGGUAUUAACAAGACUUGCAUCACAGGAAAUCAUAGUGUCAUAGAUGGUUGGACAACUUUUAAUUCUUCAACUUUUGCUGUAUCUGGAGAAAGAUUUAUAGGAGUAGAUAUAACAUUCAGAAACACAGCAGGUCCAGAAAAGCAUCAAGCAGUAGCAGUUCGAAACAACGCAGAUCUCUCCAUAUUCUACCGAUGCAGUUUCGAAGGAUACCAAGACACACUUUAUGUUCACUCAUUAAGACAAUUCUACAGAGAAUGUGAUAUCUACGGCACAGUCGAUUUCAUCUUCGGUAAUGCCGCAGUAGUCCUUCAAACAUGCAACAUUUUUGCAAGAAAACCAAUGCCUAAUCAAAAAAAUGCGGUAACAGCGCAAGGUAGAACUGAUCCGAAUCAGAACACAGGAAUCUCAAUACAGAAUUGUAGGAUUGAUGCUGCAUUUGAUUUGGCUCAAGAUUUGAAUUUGACUAAGAAUUAUUUAGGAAGGCCAUGGAAAGUUUAUUCAAGGACUGUUUAUAUGCAAUCUUAUAUUGGUGAUUUAAUUUAUCCUGCUGGAUGGUUAGAGUGGAAUGGAACAGUUGGGUUAGAUACACUUUUUUAUGGUGAAUUUGAUAAUUUUGGACCUGGUGCUAUUACUAAUAAUAGGGUACAAUGGCAUGGUUAUAAUUUGUUGACUGCUGUUCAAGCUUUGAAUUUCACUGUCCUUAAUUUUACUUUGGGGGGUACUUGGCUUCCUGAUACUGAUAUACCUUAUACUGCAGGUUUACAUUAGAUUAUUCAAUUUUUGUUGAUGUAAUAAAUUUGAUUCAUUAUUUCAUAGAUCUAAUCUAAGUGUUUCAUUUUUAAGACUGUUGAAAGGGGGUGAUGGAUGGUUGUCUCAUCAAUAUGUUUUGGAUGAAAUUAAAAUUUUAUUUCUGAAAAUAAAUUUAUCAUGGAUCUAUAUGUUCUCCUUUUAA